CGUUUUCACAUUAUUGUAACGUUAACUAACGCUAGUUUACAAAGUAAGGUUAAACCAACACAGGACAAGUCCUCAUCUGUCCCCCACUAACUAAAACUAGUACGACGACUCCCCAAGACCAGUAAGUCAGUUAGUAUUUGAACAGGGUUCCUACGGAUAAGUAGAGCUUCGUGACAGAAAGUAACGUUACAAGUACAGUAUCACUUUAAAAAAAAUGCCAUCAAGAAAUCAUCUUGAUAAAAUCGGGAGGAAGAAGAAGAAGAAAUGGACAGAGGAGGCGAUGGAGCGUGCACUGAUCGAGGUGAAGUCAGGACGGUGUACUGUGAGGCAGGCUGCCAAAGAGUUUGGAGUGCCUAAAUCUUCACUGGGGGACAGAGUCAGUGGACGGGUGACACCAGGGAGUCGCAGCGGGCCAGCUCAGCUUAUAACAUCUGCUGACGAGGAGCUGUUGGUGGAGUUCUCUUUAUACAUGUCCAAGCAUGGAUUCCCACUGACGAAGCAACAGCUGGUGUCCUUUGCCUCAUCCAUUUAUAAGCGGCAGCAUCGGAGGGUGGCAUUUUCCAAACUAGGCCAGACUUGGUGGCUCAAUUUUAGAAAACGGCAAGAAAAGAAUAUCACCAUUCAGCCAGCAGACAAUGUUGUCCGUGGGAGGACAGUGUGUGUGAGAAAGGAAGCAGUGGAUCAGUUUUUACAUUUACUGAGCACUGUCAUGGACGCUCAUGGGCUUGCAGACAAGCCUCAUCAAAUCUUCAACUGCAAUGAGACGGGCUUUCAGCUGGGCAGGAAGAGGGUGAUUCUCCCCAAAUCUGCCAGUCUGGGCUACAAGCCAAUGCCAGGCUCGAGGGACCACAUCUCCGUCCUGGCUUGCUUUAGCGCAGCUGGAGAGGACAUUCCCCCAUUUAUUACCUACUCAAAGGCAUACCCAGGGGGAGUAUGUUACAAGACUCAAGGGCCCCCAAAUGCCCUCUAUGGAUGGUCAGACUCAGGGUGCAUCAACUCUGACCUUUUCAAGAAAUGGUUCCUCAAACACUUCCUCCUGCACGCACCAAAGGACCGUCCGUUGCUGCUGAUUUUCGACGGCCACAAGUCUCCCGUGAACCUCGAGGUGGUGGAAUCAGCUCGCAAGGAGGACGUCAUCCUUUUGUGCCUUCCGCCUCAUUGCUCUCACAUCCUGCAGCCACUCGACGCGGGUCUCUUUGUUCUCCUGAAGCAGCAUUUCGCAGCACUCAUAGGCGACGGCUGUGCCACCGAUACACACUUUGCAGUCAGCAAGAAAGAGUUCUCAGGUGUGUUUAAAGGGUCGUAUCAAGUAGUGAAGGAGGAGGAGGGUGUCCGGAUUGUGACUGAAGGUUUUAGGAAAUGUGGCAUCUACCCGCUGAACCACUUUACUAUCAACGAGGGUCAUUUAAUGCCAUCGCACAGCAUGGGCCCAGCAGCUGGAUCCUCUUUGUCCACAUCAGCACCGGGGCUGCACACUGUAGGAGACUUCACAGCUGCUGGACCCUCCUCCUGACUCAUAACUGCCCAAGACUAUCAGAAUCAGCCAUCAGUACCUUAAUUUAACAUAAUUUAACAAAACCUGGCUAGUUCUGUCAUGUGAAAUACUGUUUACACUCCAGCUUUAGUAUUGUACACCACCUCCCCAAAACUUCUCACAGAGUGCUCUGUUGUCAGAAGAAAGGGGUGUGUUAAUAUUAACUACUUCUCAAUGUUGUGCUCAGAUUUAGCAGUUCCCAACCUGGGAAAUUGUGUUUUAUUUUCUCUAAGAUUUCUCUAAUUAUUGCUUUUUUCUUGUAAAAUAUUUCACCUCUACAGGCCUCUAAAAAAUCAUUCAAAUGUAACAAGCGGAGACAGUCAUGUCCACAAUAAGGCCAUAACCAGUGACAGGAGGUCGAAAGUAGACAUUUCUUCACGAGCCAAAAAGAUUGAGUACUGCUGUACAACAAAUUGAAGGAACAGUGUGUAACAUUUUGGGGGAUCCAUUGUUUUGUUUUCGUUUGCUUAGAAUGAGCCCUUUAUAUCUACACAAGGAGCGGGUCCUCUUCACGGAGUCCGCCAUGUUGCUCCGCCAUGUUUCUACAGUAGCCCGGAAUGGUCAAACUAAACACUGGCUCUAGAGAGAGCCUUUUAUGUUUUUACGUUACCUGAAGGCCACCGUAGUUCUCAGACACGCUUGUGAAACUGCAGUAACGUGAGCCACAGAGUGCAAAGCCGUGGUACCGCCAACUGCCGUGUGACUUCCGUUGCUCCUUAAGUAGUGUUAUUAUGGUAAGGAUGGCCUCUGAGCGAGGCGAACGUCAUGACCACGGUUUUUCACUCAGCGGCUCAUGUUACCGCAGUCUUAGAAAGGGAGGAGUGAGCUGAGGGGUACUCGGUUGCAAUCUGAAACCACACCAGUAGAUGCCGACAAAUCCUACACACUGUAGCUUUAAACUCAAGCUUUGUCAUUUUGUCUAGUGAUUGAUGGCCGGCCAGUUCGUCAAGCUAACUUACAUCGAGCAAUAUGAAUACAGACAAAGUUGUGUUUCAUUUCUAUUUUGGUGUAGUAAGCAGUGUGCCAGUCUACAAGGUAUAUUCUGUGAGCUAGCUUUCUAACACUAUUCUGGACUGAGCAAACAUGAUUCAAGUUCAAAGUGUAUUCAGCUAACAUAUUAAAGCAUGAGAACAAGUUCACCUCAUUGUUCUUAACAUUUAGAUAAAAGGACAGAUUUAAGAGUUAGCCACAUUGUCAAGUGUUAUCUUGAUUGUGACUCUCCAUAAUUACGGCAACAAAUGCAUUGUGAAAAUGUAUUAGAUUUUGAGGUUUAGCAAGAUUUAUUAUGGUCCAGUAUUCAUGCAGAAUAUUUGCAAAAAAGAUGUACAUGUAAGUGAUUUCUUCCUCAUGAUGUUCAAGCCUGCUGUGACACAAACUGAGAGAACAGAGGGGUAUAGGGAAUAGCUUUGUUAUCUUUUCUUAUCUAUUUGUUAUCUUUUACCUGAUAGAAGGGAAAUGAUAACAUGUCUUUGAAACAGCUAACUCAAUUCUGUCGUGAAUCGUAUUGUUCCUUUGCUUGAGUAUUCUGUAUGUGCUUGGCCCAUUAAGUAGUUAUAAAAGGAAUAUGUUGUCUAAAAUAACAAAAAAAUAUUUUUUUAAUUUGGGGAGGGGUGUCUAUUAACAUAAAUGUGUUCAUAUAUGUAAUGCUUUCCAUUCACACUGAAGAAUGGACCCUACAGUAUGAUCUCAGGGAGAAAAAAACUGAAUAAAUGUAUUUUUGAAAAAU